AUGGGUGAGAUUAUUGGAGGAUUGAGACCUGAUAUUACCAAAGAUACGCCACGGCCUUUCGCUAAUUUAAUUAAUAAGUGCUGGAGCUCCGAACCAUCUGACAGACCAACUAUGACUGAAAUUGUGAAUCAAUUUUACAAAUGGUUUUGGGACAUGGAUGAUAUAAAUGAAUUUUGUAAUUCCGAGAAACUUCGAAAACGUUUAAUGGAAGAAAAACCGCGGCAAAGUUCCUAUAUAGAAAAACACCCUGAAGCGUUCCAUACAAGUAGACCAUUAGGUAUUGAGCCGUUAUAUAUGCAAAAUCAUAAUUUUGAUUCUAAAUUGGCAAGUUUAGAAAUUUAA